GGAAGACAUAGACUGAGGAGACGAUCCUAUGUCAAUGAAGGCCCAAAUUAUGCAAUCGACGUCGAUCAGCAUGACAAGCUAAAGAUUCCGGCAGUUUUUCAAGGAGAAUAUUAUGGCUCAGGGUAGCACACACAAACAAUGACCCGCAAGUCAUGGCUUCAUACUUCCUUGACUUUCUACAAGAAAUAGAAGGUGAGUAUUUCAUCUUUGAUGUAAUGGAACCACCUCCAAACAUAAUUUAAUUAACAUUUUAUGCAAUGUUUUAGUGUGACACUAUACACUAUUGCAUAUCCUUUGCCUCCUUUAAAAUUAUCAAUUACAAAGAACAGUGUUGAAAAGAACAAUGUACGUACUUGUUGGAGGGUGUUCCACAGUGUGUUCAGAUGGACAGGGGUAUCGAGAAUGUCUUGAUUAAGGACAUCCAAGAAGCAUUCCAUUCAGAGUACAAUGGGAACGACCACUGCGUUAUCAAGAGUAUGUCCCCACAUAACCAGGUAGGCCAAAUACUUAACAUUUCCUGUAUCGUUUAUGAUGUUAAAAUCUCACUGACACAUUUGAUAUUUUAUGAUACGCAAAGUGUUUGAACAACUGAGAGGAGAACUAUUAAAUACUGCGUAAAGGUAAACCCAGGGCAGGUAAGAGAAUCAUAAUCACGAUUACAUACAUUAGUCUAUUGUUUUUGUUGACAGCGUAUCGAAUGCUUUUGGAGGACAUUGAUGGCCAUGAUGGAAAACUUUUGGGUUGACAUCUUCCAUGCGUUGGCUUCUGAUGGCAUCUUAGAUUGCACCUCACAGCUGCAAGUUGAAUGUUUCAGGUUUUGUUUCAACCAAAUGAUUCAGACUGAGAUGGAUAAUGUAAGAACAGAAUGGAACCAGCACCGGACAAGGGCAUCCCCGAAUGUUGUCGCUUUACCCAGAAAACCUGACCUAAUGUAUUUCUUACCAACACUGUACGGGUCAUCGAACAUGAACACAUUUUAAUGUGCCCUGUGUUGGUUGUUAGUCGGACAGCCGCACGGGUGCAACAUUUGGAGGCACGAGAGGGAUAGACGUGUCCGUUUUGCUCUCUCAGUUGGACUGGACGAUAUGCGUCUAUCCAGAAAAAAAGGAAUCCUGACUACUGUGUCGGCUACAGCAUGGUGACGGGGCGCUAACCAAGAGGGACGCCAAUAGCUGACGGAAACGAGUCGACUGUAUGUGCAGUGUUGGAGGGAGCAGAGGGAUCGCCACAUUGGGAUUGCCUUGCGUCCACGAGUGUGACACUGCAGUUCUAGUGACGUCGUCAAUCUGUCAUUGGUAUUCGGCCUUCCAAGAUGGAAACCCUGCUGGAAACCAUUGGACAGCUGACCACUCAGCUUGGUAACCUCUCCGUUGAACAGCUCCUUCUGGUGUGUCAGCGACUAGAGAUGGAGGUGGGAGAUGCGGCAGCGCAGACAAACGGUCGCCUUCGGUUGGCCCGAAAGGUAAUCAGCUACCUGAACAGUGAUGACAUCCAGGACCGUGACGAUGGUGGUCAGGAAAUUGUAGAGAUGCUGCAGAAGUUUGUUGAUGAGAUUGCACCAUCGGAGCCGUCUACAGCAGCCCCUACUGCCUCGUCAUCUAAGCAAUCAAGAAAGGAGCCCACCGAGGUAGAAACCACCACACCGGAGGAAAAGCUGCCUUCCCUGCCCCAAAAGCCUGUUGCGAAUGCCGACGUUAUGAAUUUGAUCUGGAGGGAGUUCAAGAUUUCCGGUCAGAUUGGUGAGCCUGGCCAAAAUGACCGCCUUACCUUUGCGAGCCUGGAAAACCAAAUCGAGACAGGAAGAGAGAAAGGCUACUCAGACAGGGACAUCGUACACGCCGUCAUCCGGGCCAUUGUCCCAGGGUCUGAGCUCCGCAGUUACCUGGAGGGAAGGAGCAAGAUUCCCCUCCCAGACCUGCGACAGAUCAUCCGUUCACACUAUCAGGAACGGGAUGCCACAGAAUUGUUUAAGCAACUAUCUCAGCUCACGCAAGAG